UUUUUUUGUUCCAGAAUUCCAGAGGCACUUCUUGUCUGCUGAAGGAUAGUAUCCCAAUUACUGAAUUUUCAGCUUCAGGACCAUUUGAAGGUCAUGAUCUUCUGCGUAGAGGCUUUACAAGUGUGAAAAACGAAUUGUUGCCCAGCCACCCACUGGAGUUGUCAGAAAAAAACUUCCAGUUAAAUCAAGAUAAAACAAACUUUGCCACACUGAGAAAUAUUCAAGGACUCCAUGCACCUUUAAAGAUGCAGAUGGAAUUCAGAGCAGUGAAACAGGUCCAGCGUCUCCCAUUUCUUCACAGCUCAAACAUAGCACUGGAUACUCUGAGGGGAAAUGAUGAAUGCAUCAGCUUUGAGGAUAUCCUUAAUGAUCCUUCACAGAGUGAGGUUAUGGGAGAACCACACAUGAUGAUGGAAUACAAGCUUGGUUUAUUGUAACAAAAUGUACUCCACAAAAAUGUUUUGUGUGUGUCUUUAUACUGCAGAUCUAAAUACAUGAUACUAAGUUGACACUUGCAGUGUUAAGCAGUCCUACAGUUAUCAUUUGCCUUCCUUGAUGAAGAGGCACAUUAAAUGUUUAAAGUCUAUAAAUUGUUCUGUGCUUGUUGUCAAUUAUAUAAAUGUUCUGUAACUAGGUGGUUUAAAUAAUGUCUCUUCAUACACUGCUCAGGAUGAUAGCUUCUUAACUAUGGAAAUGCUAUAUAUAUAUAUACAAGAAAUCCAAAAAUACCCGUGCAUUUUAAAACUGAUUACUGUAGGUAAAUGCAUUUAAUGGAUGUUCUUGCAGAAGAACUUUUUAAGGGGGAAAAGAAGGUGCUUCCCACUGAGUAACUCUUUGUUCAUGGAAAUUUCCAUACACUUUUUAAACUAUUGAAUAAAAGUUUGCUAUAAA